AUGAGAUUCUCUCUGCUCAUUAUCUUUUCAAUGACUACUCUUGUUUUUUGUGGAGACAAAGUUGAGGAGAUAAACGACAAUUCCAAUUGGCCACCGAAACUUGAUAGAAAUGCUCCCUGUCCUCAUCCAAAUAUGGAACGUCGUGAUGGUGGAAGUGCAAGUUGUGAUGAGAAUUGUGAAGAUGUGAUCGCUGAACGAGAAGGAAAAGAAAAACCAAUUCGACCUUGUAUUUUGAUCUACAUCUACAAUGAAUGUCACUGCAAGCCGGGAUUCGCGCGAAAAGCCGUUGAUAACGCUGAAUCUCCAUGUCCUCUUGCAAAUCAACAUCGACGUGAUGGUGGAUUGGAUGUUUGUGAGACAAAUUGUGAAGAUAUUCGAUUAGAAAGAAUUGGAAAAGAGGACAUUAGGCCUUGUCCCCUCGUCGGAGUCAUAAAUGGAUGUUUCUGUAAAGAUGGAUAUGUGAUGAAAUCUCUUCAGGAUAACACUUGUGUACUUAAAGAACAAUUUCAAUGUCCCUUUCCAAAUCAAGGUGAUGGAGAGCAAUGUGUGACACAAAUUGUGAUGAUUCUCGAUGGAAAAAAAGAGGGAAAAGAGCCAAAG